GCAGCGCGACAUUUAAGUGAGCGCCUCAACGGAUCCUUACUUAUCAUUGUUACUAUUCGGAUCCUUUGCUUUGAUAAACCAUGGACUUCAAGCCCGGCAGCGAAAUCCUCAUCAAGAGGUCAAACGGCAUCGUCCACGCUGCCACUAUCAUUGGAAUAAAUGGUGCAUUGGUGCAGGUAGAAUGGAGUGAAAACGGGGAGACCAAAGGGAAAGAGGUGUCCAUCCGGGAAAUGAUGGAAUUGAAUCGACAAAAGGAGAACACUCCGACGACGACCCGACCAGAGAUUCCGCCGCCUGUGGUUAGCGCGCUGAAGAAGCCCGCGCCGGUCGAGCGUCGUUCCCAAAUGCCAGCCGGCCGAAUCCCUCGAGCGACAGCAAUGAUGAGUAACAGUGAUCCACCGAGGGCUCAAGCGCCGACUGGAGGUGCUCACGGAUCGUCCGCGGGGUUCCGCAAACCCACCUCCACCAGGGAAAAACGCGAACCUCUCGGCGUGAGGAGAUCCGAAGUCCCGGCGAUGGCUCGGGAGACAGCUCCUGCGCAACCUGCGAAAAUGGCUCGACCAACGGUCUUCGGAACUCAGAAUCCUCCGCCGAAAAACUCGGCCGACAAGAAUUUCCUACAUAUGAUCGAAGAUUAUCGCAGCCAGAUCAAGAGAGUCCCACCAUCGACAGGACCGCCGACGAAUCAGCGAAUCAUAGUGGCCGUUCGGAAACGACCGAUGAAUCGGAAGGAGCUCAACAAGCAAGACGUCGACAUUAUCACAGUGCCUUCGAGGGACCAUCUGGUUCUCCAUGAACCCAAGUUCAAAGUGGAUUUAACUCCGUACCUCGAAAACUCACCGUUCCGCUUCGACUAUGCAUUCGACGAGCAAGCCGACAACGAACAAGUCUACCGCUACACUGCAAAGCCUCUGGUCAAGUCGAUCUUCGAGGGAGGUAUGGCAACCUGCUUCGCGUACGGUCAGACCGGCUCAGGAAAAACCCACACAAUGGGGGGCUGCUUCGUGAGCGACAACAAGAGUACCCAGCAAGUCGACAAAGGGGUAUAUUAUUUCGCUGCUAAGGAUAUAUUCGCGAUGAACAACUCGGCUCAGUAUGCCGGCGAGCACUUCAUCGUCUGCGCCAGCUUUUUCGAAAUCUACAGCGGGAAAGUUUUCGAUCUAUUGAAUGGGAAAAAACUGCUGCGAAUCAUGGAAGGCAAACAACAAGUGCAGGUGGUCGGUCUCUCAGAGACCAAGGUGCACUCCGUGCAGGACGUCCUCUCGCUGAUUCAGCAGGGUAACUCCUGCCGGACCUCCGGGAGCACUACCGCUAACUCGAACUCCUCUCGGUCGCAUGCAAUCUUCCAGAUCAGUCUCUACCGGCAGGCGGGUCGAGACAUGAGGCUCCACGGCCGCUUCAGUCUCAUCGAUCUGGCUGGAAACGAGAGAGCCUCGGACACGUGGAAGACCAAUGACCACCAGGGAAGAAGAGAAGCUGCCGAUAUCAACAUGAGCCUCCUUGCCCUGAAAGAGUGCAUUCGAGCUCUGGGUCGUAGAAGCAGCCAUUUGCCGUUCAGACAAUCUCGACUCACGCAUAUCCUCAAAGACUCGUUCAUUGGCGAGAAGAGUCGAACUUGCAUGAUUGCCAUGAUCUCGCCGGGCAAAUCGUCUUGCGAAUACACACUCAACACCCUCCGAUACGCCGACCGGGUGAAAGAACUCGUCGCUGGGGAGCGAGCGAUGGCUCCGACCGACGAGGACGACGAUGAGCUUAUGGAGGACGACGGUGUUGGAGCGGAUAACAGCAUGGCCAAUAACGACCUGGAGCGCGCCUGCGCCGCUGUCCAAGAAUCGGAGGAACGAGUUCUCGAGGAACAUCUCGACCUGAUCUCGGACGUUGAAGACUUCCUCAUAGGACUACAGGCAGCGCGACACAUGGCCGACGACCCCAAUUACGAUGCGGUCGAGUAUAUGAAUAAAUUGCAGGAAGCGAUGGCCAAGGUCGGCAUCGUGACGGAAAGGACUCAGAGGCUCCCCGCGGAAAUAGCGGCCCUCCAUGAUGCUCUGGUCGAGGAAGAACGGUGCGCCCGAGAGGCGAACCACUGAUUUGUCGGAAGUGUUCGUUCGUAGCGCGUUUUGGUUAUAGCGUGUUGUGUCAGAAAAUCGCUUUUUUAUCAUUUACCGAAGUUGGAUCGCAGUCGAGACGGAGCUUCGACCUGAUUUUACACCGUGUCUGAGCCAGACAUAAGAGAUAUGAGCACACUCAAUGGUGAACGGGAAGGGGAGGGAAAGGGGACCGUUUGCUUAUCCGGCAGUCGAGUCAACAUACAUAGGUAUCUCGAGCGCCAUGCUCCGGUGGAGUGUGGUGUCCCAGACGCUCACAUCCGUG